AAGGGGAUGUCACAAAGUGGCCAUAUAAAAGGUGAAUUUGAGGAAUCAGUGAUAUGAGGUUAUUUGGGGAGUUUUCCAAAACCACAAACAGUCACACGCUCUUCAGACGGGACGCUGAUAUCGACGAUGGCCGAUCAUGACCUGGUUCUGAAAUGUUGGGGUGCAGUUGAAGGCGACUUCACCGGUCACGGAGGAGAAGUUCUCACCCGUUUAUUUAAGGAGCACCCAGAAACUCAAAAGCUGUUUCCGAAGUUUGUGGGCAUCGCGCCUGGUGAUGUGGCGGGAAAUCCAGCGAUAUCGGCUCAUGGUGCGACCGUCCUGAAGAAGCUAGGUGAGCUGCUGAAGGCCAGAGGUGAUCACGCCGCGCUCCUCAAACCGCUGGCCAACACCCACGCCAACACGCACAAGAUCGCCCUCAACAACUUCAGGCUGAUCACCGAAGUCCUAGUGAAGGUGAUGGCGGAGAAGGCGGGGCUUGACAGUGCUGGUCAGGCCGCUUUGAGAAGAGUGAUGGAUGUCAUCAUCAGCGAUAUCGACGGAUACUACAAAGAAAUCGGAUUUGCUGGAUAAACGACACCAAACCCUGACUAUCACAAACUCAGCAGGGUGUAGUUCAUGACACAAUGGGGGUCUAUCAUAGGAAAAGCGCUUGUCACGUUAUCGCCAUUCGCAAAUAGAAGCUACUGUGCUUAAAAACGCAAGCUAAUAGCAUUAAACAUUAACAAUGUCUGCAUAAAUUGUCCACAGAAAUCAAAUCAUCAUGUAUGACGUAUAAAACCAAAAUAAGGUUGUAUCUGCCUUUUUUUAAAUGGGCAUGUUUUGGUUGUGAAUGAAUAGAGCCAGUCAUGUCAGGCUUGGAAUGUGCUUUGAUGUUUGUUUAAACAGUGAGCAAGCCUGAUGAUGUCAUAAUGGUGACUGAUGAUGUCAUAAUGGUGACUGAUGAUGUCAUAACGGUGACUGUGUGUUAGGGUCUCAGGAGGACCUCAUUUAAAUUGUGGAGACUGUCCAUUAAAAUUCCCUUUAAUUUUCAGACUUUUGGCCAAUUGUGAAAAAUGAUAUGUAUUAAUGCAUGUUGAAUUAACUAGGUGUUCUUAAAUGGUCACAAAGAUUGAAAUCAUAAUUCUUCUUGUUUCAAAGGGCCAUAGAACAUAACAUACAUGUUUCUCUGCCUGCAAAGUAUGUGCUUGCUUUAUUUCACUGUUACUAGCAUGCAUUUUAAAUCAGUUACUGACUUUUUUUUAAAGCAACACUUUUAAUAAAACAUUGCAUAUACCUGCUGGAAAAGAAAA